AUGAAACCACUUCGCAUAAUAUUAUGUGAUAUGAAUAAAACAGUAACUCAAUUAUGGACCGAUUUUAUUCAAAAAGCAGCAACUAAGAAUCCCAAUUUGGUAUAUAUUCAUCAUGGCGAUUUUGAGUCCCUUAUAAAGAAACUGAAAAAUAAUAAUGUUAACAAAAAUAAACGACUCUACUCGGUGGUAUCACCUGGUAAUUCGUUUGGUUACUUAGGCGGAGGGUUUGAUCUAGCACUAUAUAACUAUUUUGGUGGUGCCCCAUUUGAAAAAUGGUUUAGAAAACAAUUGGAAAAUGAAUAUAAACCAGUUGGAUCGAUCACCACAGUGGACCUUCAAAAAUGUAAGGACAAAACCUUGAAUCCAACUCGAGAUGGAAUGAAUUAUAUUGUACAUUGUCCUACGAUGAUAACUCCAAACGGUCCAAUAUUUAAUCCAUCAGAGCCAAUGAAAACUGGUGUAGAACCAGUGUUUGAUGCUACUUGGAAUUCAUUAAGAUACGCACCGGAGGAUACGGACGCUAUGAUUAUAUCGGGAUUAUGUACGGGUUAUGCAGCAGUCCCGGAAUCUUUGAGCUGUAAAAGUAUGAUAUUUGCCAUUAGAUUAUAUUUAUGCGAUGGGUUACUUUCCAGUGAAUUGAAAAAUAUAUUGAUUAUGCAUUUUCUUGGAUAUCCAUAUAAAGCAUACUUCCCAGAAGAAUGCAGGGAUGAAUGUAAAAGGGUGGGUAUAGAUCUGGAGAAAUUAAGGACAUUUAACGCUUUAACUGAUUCGAUUGAUUCGAUUCUCCCACCUCAUUUAAUCAUUGAAUGA